CGAUGUUGACUCGUUCAUUCGGUUUUUUCCCUUCACCGACAUAACUUGAUUUGCUACAGAAUGGCGGACGCAGCUCCAGCCCGUGGUGGUUUCCGUGGAGGAUUUGGUUCUCGAGGUGGCCGUGGUGGCCGUGGCCGUGGUCGCGGCCGUGGACGUGGACGUGGCCGUGGAGGCAAAGAGGACUCCAAGGAAUGGGUUCCAGUAACCAAAUUGGGUCGCUUGGUGCGUGAUGGAAAAAUUCAUUCAUUGGAAGAGAUCUACCUAUAUUCAUUACCCAUUAAAGAGUUCGAAAUCAUUGAUUUCUUUGUGGGUACAGCUCUCCGUGAUGAGGUAUUGAAGAUCAUGCCUGUCCAAAAGCAGACUCGUGCUGGUCAACGUACUCGUUUUAAGGCUUUUGUGGCUAUUGGUGACAACAACGGACACAUCGGGCUUGGUGUUAAGUGCAGCAAGGAAGUAGCUACCGCUAUCCGUGGUGCAAUUAUUCUGGCUAAGCUGUCCGUCGUGCCCGUACGUCGGGGUUACUGGGGUAAUAAGAUUGGUAAGCCGCAUACUGUACCAUGCAAGGUUACUGGCAAAUGCGGUUCGGUAUCAGUGCGCUUGAUUCCUGCUCCUCGUGGUACUGGUAUUGUAUCGGCACCUGUCCCCAAGAAGUUGCUUACCAUGGCUGGUAUUGAGGAUUGUUAUACUUCAGCUCGUGGCUCGACUGGUACUCUUGGUAACUUUGCCAAAGCCACUUAUGCCGCGAUUGCUAAGACCUACGCUUAUCUGACACCUGAUUUGUGGAAGGAGAUGCCUUUGGGUGCCACUCCAUAUCAAGAAUUUGCCGAUUUCUUGGCUGAAAAGCCAGGUAGCGCUGCUCGCCAUCAGGUAGAAGCAUAAGAUUUAUAAGGCGUCAUAUAAAGUUAAAUUAACUAAUGAACCAAUAAAUAAACUAUUUAAUUUGAAUAUUUUA